AUGGACAAAAGAAGUGAGGGCUCUUCGAAAAAACCUGACCCUAACGUUCAAAACGACGAAUUAUAUGAAGACUCUUUAUUAAUCAUAAAAUGGAACCUGGCUGGGUUAGUCUAUAGAAAUAACCAACAUGGAAUUAACGCUAUAAACAUACUUUCUGCAUUAAUUCGUGACCAACCAGGAUGUAUACCAUUUCCAAAUGGCACAUCAUCUGAUUCCGCCUUUUCCUUUGUCAGAACUCCGAAUGGUGAGGCUCACCAAAACUUAUAUUCAUGCAUCAGCCAACUUACAACUAGCACCGCUCAAUGGUGGAGACAUACUCAAGGCAAUCCUGAUGUUGAUCACGUGUAUAUGGUGGGAUGCCAUAAAAAGGGAGAAUUCGUAAUUUCUGAGUUCAACAAUGUGUUCAACGUAUAA